AUGGGGUCGUCGCUGCUGCUGUUUCUGGUUCUCUUAUUCCCUGUUCUUCUCUCACUCUUCUGGCGAUCAAGGAAACAGACGAACCUCCCCCCGGGACCCCGUCCAUGGCCGGCGAUCGGCAACAUCCCCCACCUCAUGCUCCGGCAGGCAGUCACCGGGCAGCGUCUCCACGCAUCCCUCGCCGCAAUUGCCGAGGAUUACGGGCCCCUCAUCUACCUCCGCCUCGGAGCCCGAGAGCUCGUCGUUGCGUCGUCACCGUCCGCCGCCGCGCAGGUGUUGAAGACCAACGACCGGGUGCUCUGCGCCAGGUACGUCCCUGCUGCAUACCGGGUGCCCAUCUACGCCGACCACUCGUUGAUCUGGCACGCCCGCUGCGACGACAACUGGAGGUCCCUCCGCACGAUCUUCCGGGCGGAUCUCCUGUCUUCCCCCUCGCUCGCGAGGCACGCCCCAGCUAGAGAGAGGAAAGCCGGAGAGAUGGCCCGGUUCCUGCUUAGCAGAGCCGGCAAGGAAGUCAAGAUCGGGAAGGUAAUUUUCAUCACCUUUUUCAACAUGGUCGGCAACAUCAUCUUCUCCAGGGACGUCCUCUCGCUGGAGGAAGGGAAGGGCUGGUUCCCCGAGCUGAAGAGCCACAUGGCGAGGAUGCUGGAGCUUGCGGUGGUGCCGUGCAUCGAGGACUUUUUCCCGGGGAUGACCGGGGGAUUUGACCUAGAUGGAUUGAAGCAUCAGGUACAGACCUACCUGGAGAAGCUCUACGGCAUAUGGGAUGAAAUCAUGAUGCAGCGGAGCGAGGAGACACAAGACAAGGACUUCACGAAGAUGCUGCUGGAUCACGGUAUCCGAGAUAACCAGCUGAAGGCCUUGAUCUUGGUGCUUCUCUCAGAUCGUCUUGUGUUUAGAGUACCACUAUCCUCUGAUUAGAUUUAUAUGAUUGAUCGAUACCUGCUUUCUAUUUUUUUUAGGACAUCUUCACUGCAGGAUCAGACACAUCCGCGGCUCUGGCCGAAUGGAUAAUGUCGGAGCUCGUGAGGAGUCCGGACGUGAUGAAGCGAGUCAGGGAGGAGCUAAUACAGGUCAUGGGGCCUCCGCCGACAGGCGACCAUGUCAGAAACUCGCCGGAGAGACGACGGCAGUUAAGACGUCGCCGGCGAGAUCACCUCACGAGUCACAAGAAAAAUAGCAGGAGGAACAAGGAAAACUUUCUCUCUCUUGAAAAACUCUUACAAUCCUCUUUAAAUAAGAAAACAAAGGGGGGAAAGAAAUAACCGUAAGUAAUAACUAGCUGGCCAAGACUGACCAGUAAUAUGCAGGAAAUUCCGUAUUACCGCACAAUAUGCUCUGACGUGUACACAUUAUGCCGUUAUGCGAACAGGGCGGGGGCACAUGCAAGGCUCUCAUUCACAACAAUCUCCUCCUGAGCCUUGCUGUGCUUACCACGAACAUCAACGAGGCCAAUCUUGGCACGAAACUCAUAGAACUUGACUUUUCCGAGUGACUUCGUCAGAACGUCUCCUAACUGUUCUUCACUCCUGAUGAACUCCACGUUGAUCUGACCCUUUUCUGUAGAUUCUCAGAUAAGAUGAUACUUCACUUCAAUGUGCUUGUUAUGUCCAUAGAGAACCGGGUUCUUGAUCAACGCUAUGGCAGACUUAUUGUCCACCCUCAGCAUCAGCACGCUUGGUGCUGAGCCAUGCACCUCUGCUAGCACCUGAGCGAGCCACACACCUUGGCAGGCAGCAUUGGUGGCCGCAAUGUACUCUGCCUCACAGCUAGACUGAGCCACCGCCUUCUGUUUCAUCAACUGCCAAGUAAUUGGGCUGUUGGCCAAGAAGAAAAUAACUUCAACCGUGCUCUUUAGAGCAUCAACAUCACCAGCGAAGUCACUAUCGCUGAAUCCUGUCAACUGGACUUGCUCCUCCUUCUUUCUUUCAUACUUGAGACCCCAGCUCUUGGUUCCCACCACAUAGCGGAGAAUUUGCUUCACAGCAGCCAAGUGAUCCUUUCGUGGCUCCUCCAGAAAAUGACUCACAUAGCCAACAGCAAAUGCUAGGUCUAGACGAGUAUUGACCAGGUACCUGAGACUCCGCACAAUGCUUCUGUAUGCUGUUGCAUCCACCAGCGGCUCCGUGCUCCUCUUACUCAAUUUCAUACGCGUUGCCAUUAGUACUUGACAGGGAUUGCAUCCUGCCAUGCCACUCCUCUCCAGAAUCUUGGCGGCGUAGGCCACUUGGUUGAUCGAGGUGCCCCCCGCGCUCUGCCUGACUUCAAUGCCAAGAUAGUAGUGAAGCAGGCCGAGGUCGUUCAUCCUGAAUGCGUCAGCCAUCUCCUUUUUGAACUGCUUGAUGUCGUCGCAGCUGGUGCCGAUGAUCACCAGGUCGUCAACGUACACCCCGACCACCAGCUGCGCCUCCCCGUUCCGCUUGGUGUAGAUGGCAUGUUCCAAGGGACUCCUCCUGAAUCUGAACGAUAGGAGCGUUUCGUCCAGCUUCGCGUUCCAGGCCCUAGGCGCUUGAUGCAAGCCGUAGAGUGCCUUCUUCAGCUUGAACACCUUGUGCUCAUUGUCCGUGCUGAUGAAACCGGCCAGCUGCUCCACGUACACCUCUUCCUUGAGAUCGCCAUUCCAGAACGCCGACUUGACAUCCAUGUGGUGCACCUCCCACCCCUCGUGCGCCGCGAGAGCGAUGAGAAGGCGCACCGUGUCCAGCCGCGCCACAGGUGCGAACACCUCGUCGUAGUCGAUCCCCUGGCGUUGCGCAUAGCCCUUCACCACCAGGCGCGCCUUGUACUUCGCCACGGCUCUGUUUUCAUCCCGCUUCACCUUGUACACCCACUUCAACCCGAUCGCCCGGCGAUCAUGUGGGAGGUCAACCAGGGACCAGGUGCGGUUCUCCUCGAUCGAUGCCAUCUCCUCCUCCAUAGCCUUCCUCCAGCUCGGGUGGCCCUCUGCUUCAGCAAAAGAGACCGGCUCAUCAGAACUUACAGUGUGCAGCUCCUCUGCAAUUAACGUCCGCGACGCGAGACCACGCGGCGAGGCCAGUCAAACGAUGUUGUCGAUCUUGCGGAACCGGAGUGGCGCAUCAUCGUGAUUAGCAUCCAGGUGGUCGAUGUGGACACUGGGUGGAGUGGCGAACUCCACCUCCUCUCCUCCAUCUUCAAUCGGCACCGCUCCCCCACUGUAGUGCACGGACGGUGGCGACAUCGGCUCCGGUCCUGGCGCAUCAUCAUCAAGUACCUCGAUGGCGCCAUCGAGCUCCGGAGGUACCUGGUUCCCGACGGCAUACUCCAAUGUGAACAUGUCGUCGUGGCUGCCCACAUCCCCCUGCUCCGCGCCGCUGCCCAAUCCCACUGGGCAUUUUCGUCGAACACCACGUCCCGUGUCACAUGGACACGCCUCGUGGUGGGAUCGUAGGCACGGUAGGCCUUUGAUCCGCACUCGUAGCCGAUGAAGAUCAUCUUGCGGCCGCGGUCCUCCAGCUGCUUCUUGAGAUGCGGUGUCGUGUUCAGGACGUAGGCGAUGCAUCCGAACACCUUCAGAUGGUGCACCGCCGGCUUCUUCCCGUGCCAUACCUCGAAAGGCGUCAUGUCGUCCACGCUCUUCGUCGGACACCGGUUCAGGAUGUAUACAGCAGUUGUCACUGCCUCACCCCAAAACCAGCCCGGCAGCCCCUUUGCCUUGAGCAUGCUCCUCGCGGUUGCUACCACCGUGCCGUUCCUGCGCUCGACGAUGCCAUUCUGCUGCGGGCUGUAUGGCGCCGUGUGUUGACGAUGAAUACCUUCUCCCGCGCAGUACUCCGCGAACUCAUGUGAGGUGAAUUCGCCGCCCCGAUCAGUACGGAGCGCUCCCAGCUUCAGUCCUGACUCGCCUUCUGCCCGAGCCUUGAUCUUCUUUCUCCUUGAUGGCCACCGCAGCACGGUCCUUUGAAGGCAGCAUGGCCACCCACAUGUACCGGCUUCGAUCAUCCACGAGCAGCAGGAAGUACUUGCUGCCGUUUGGCGUUUCCGGCGCAAUCGGACCACAGAGGUCGCUGUGCACCAGCUCCAGAACACCCGGUACUCUCCCUGCUCGGGGAACGGCGACCGCUUCUGCUUGCCAGCGAGACACGCCUCACACAGCUGGUCCACCUGACCAACUGCCGGCAACCCGCGCACCAGCUCCUCCCGAGCCAUCUUCCGCAGCGCGGUCAUGUUGACAUAUCCGAGGCGCGCGUGCCAUUUCCAAGCUUCUUCGACUGCCCGCGCCUCCAGGCACACCUGCAGAACUAGCUUGGCGUGGAGAAUGUACAGCCGGUUCUCUCCGCGCAUGACCUUCGCCAGGAGCCGUCCGCCUGGCUCAUGGAUCUUCAUCGCCCCCUUCUCGAUGUCGAUAUGGUACCCGGCCUCAUCGAGUUGGCCGACGCUGACGAUGUUCGUCGUCAGUCGGGGAAUGUAAUGCACCCCCGCGAAGGACCGGUGCUCGCCGUUCUUGUACAGGAACACGAUUGCCCCCCGGCCUUCGAUCCGCGCCACCGAGUCGUCGCCGAACCGCACCGUCCCAAGUACCUCCGUGUCCAGCUCGGUGAAAGCCGUACGGGGACCCGACAUGUGGUUCGUGGCGCCCGUGUCCACGACCCACGCCUCCUCAUCACGCAUCUCCUCCUCUUCAAGGUGGGCGAACACCUUCUCUUCCCGCAGAUGGAUCUGGGUCUGGGCGCCUGGCUUCUUCUCUUCUUUGGCGGCCCCUCCAUUGACGGGGACCCCUUUUGCUCCCGGCGGCGGUGGGCUUGCACGCCGGAGCCGAUCCUUUGCCUGCGGAGUCACAGCAAAACGUGGUGGAGUGGAGGUUGGUGGCGGCGCCGUCGAUAUGGCCGUCGUUGACUUCACGAAAAGGAGCGAGGCCUCCUCCUCAUUCUGGACGACGUGGGCCUGCUCUUUCUUGGGCUUGGAGCGGCACUCGCAGGCCCAGUGGCCUAGCUUCCCGCAUCUCCUGCACUCAUCACCGCUGGGCCGGCCUGAGUUGCCCGUCAGGCCGCCUGAUGACGAGCCCUUGUCGCUGCCACGGUCGCGCCCGCGCCCGCGCCCAUGUCUGCCACGAGGCGUCACGCUGCUGCUACCUCCACCACCAGUUUUCUCAGCAUCACGCUUCCUCCGCCGUGCGUCCCACUCUUCCUCGGUCAGGUACAGCUUGCCGUCGUGUUGCAUAGCCGACGGCGGUUCCUCGAAGGCAUCCUCCGCCGCCUUGAGCCGACCCGUCAAAUCCACGACGGUGAGCGUCGACACGUCGAGCAGCAUCGUGAUCGCGACCACGAUCUGCCUGAAACGCUGGGGAACACUGCGGAUUAUCGUCUCCACUACCUGCGUCUCUUUGACCUUGUCGCCGAGGGUGGUGAGAGUCGACGCCAUGCUGUUGAGACGCAGCGCGUAGUCCUCAACAGACUCUCCCUCCUUGAACGUCGCCGAGUCGAACUGCCGCCGCAAGUUCUGAGCCGACGUCUUCUUUACGCGGUCAUCGCCGAUCCGCAUGGUGGCGAUAGCCUCCCAGGCCUCCUUGGCCGUCUCCUUGUUCGCGAUCACCGGCCACAUUUCCGGCGGCACGGCGCUGCAGAGCGCGUCGAGCGCCUGCAUGUUUUCAUGGGGUUCGACGCCCCCUUUCUCAAUGGCGGUCCAGAGCAACCGGGCUCUGAGCUUGACCUUCAUGAGCAGUGCCCAGUUGGAGUAGUUGGUCUUGGUGAGCAUUGGGAACCCGGUCCCGGCGCUCACCUCACGAAUCACCCUCUAGACCACGCCGUCCUUUCCUCCUGCCAUAGCGCGUUUCGAUUGCGCGUUCUCGAUUCCAACGGCUGUACCUUGCCGCGAUCGAGUCCCGGGCCGCAACCUGGGAGCUCUGAUACCAAUUGUCAGAAACUCGCCGGAGGAACAAGGAAAACUUUCUCUCUCUUGAAAAACUCUUACAGUCCUCUUUAAAUAAGAAAACAAAGGAGGGAAAGAAAUAACCGUAAGUAAUAACUAGCUGGCCAAGACUGACCACGUUAGAGCACUUCUCGCAUAACCGCAUUAUGCCGUUAUGCGAACAGGGCGGGGGGGCCACGUGCAAGGCUCCCGUUCACAACAGACCAAACCAUCGCCAUCCCUGAGGAGACUCACCUCGCGCGGCUCACUUACCUGCACGCCUGCAUCAAGGAGGCCCUUCGUCUGCAUCCUCCUGCGCCACUUCUUCUCCCACGCUGUGCCAUCGACACCUGCGAGAUCAUGAGCUACACCAUCCCCAAGAACUGCACCAUCAUGGUGAACGCUUGGGCCAUCGGACGGAACCCAGAGAUCUGGAAGGACCCUCUAAGCUUCUCGCCGGAGAGGUUCCUGAACUGCUCAGUGGACUACAAGGGUAUAGAUUUCGAGUUCGUCCCUUUCGGAGGGGGCAUGAGGGCGUGCCCGGGAAUAUCCAUGGGUGUCCGUGUGUAUCAGUUGGUGGUGGCGACGAUGGUGCACAACUUCGACUGGCUCCUCCCCGGCGGUAAGCAACGCAGCGAGCUGAACAUGGACGAGAAACUCGGUCUGGUUUUGGAGAGAAAACAGCCCUUGGUUUUGAUUCCGAAGCCUCUAGUGGGAUAG